AAACUCUAACUAUGGCAAAUCGCCUCCUCGUGCAUCCUCCAGUAUCAUCUUCCUCUUAAUACCUAACCACUCUCUCUCGACAACGGAAGCAGUCUUGCAGUUGUAUCUCUAGUCGCCGGCGCUUCUGCCAAACGCCUCUCCUUCUGCUAUUCUCGGACACCAAAUAUUGAGAGAGGACUCUUUUCAAAUGGCUUCUUUGUUCAAGGAUCUCAACAAGCUCUCAGCUUACCGAGAUAGGAGAUUUCCUGGAUCACAAGAAGAAUUUGAGGAUGCAUUGAAGAAUUCGACAACAGUUUAUAUUGGAAACAUGUCUUUCUAUACAACAGAAGAGCAAGUUUACGAGUUAUUUUCUCGAGUUGGAGAGAUUAAAAAGAUGAUUAUGGGGUUGGAUAAGAACUCAAAAACCCCUUGUGGAUUUUGUUUUGUAUUAUAUUACUCCAGAGAAGACACUGAAGAUGCUGUAAAAUAUAUAAGUGGUACGAUUCUGGAUGAUCGCCCUAUCCGUGUGGACUUUGAUUGGGGUUUCCAAGAGGGCAGGCAAUGGGGACGCGGUCGAAGUGGUGGUCAGGUGCGUGAUGAAUAUCGUACUGACUAUGAUCCUGGUAGAGGUGGUUAUGGAAAAUUGGUCCAAAGAGAACUCGAGGUGCAGAGGACGCUUGUGGAUUAUGGUGCUGGAGCUCUGGGAAGUUUUCAGCCUGCUAUGCCAUCUCACUAUGGUAGAAAUGAAAGGAACCAUGGUCAUGGAGGCUCUUAUCGUCACGGCAGAGACUUCCAUCGGAAGAGACAUCGUGAGGAUGAUCGUCACCCUGUUGACAUGCCAAAGAGAAGUGAGCAGGAACCUCGUAGAAACACUGACCACGAAUCUAGACCGGAGAAAAAUCCACGUUUCCGUGAAAGUGGGGACUCCGAUGAUGAUGAAGAUGGAGACGAGAAGCGUCGUACUUAGGCAAACAAGUUAUUAGCUGAAAGCAUUGUUGUUGAUUCUAGCUCAAGAAAGUUUAGAUUCCGAUUUAGCUGUAACUUUUUGAUAGUUAAUCUGCUGUUAAAUGUUGUACAUCAAUUUAGAUUUGAAGAUCCCAAAAAACUUGUUCAUGCAGCCACUGUCUAUGAGUUUGCCUGUCAUUUCUUUGUCUUACAUUUGGAAAUCCUUGCUGCUAAUAUGGUACCCAGAAAAGGAUUCAGGGCCAUGAGUUAUGGCAUUUAGUAUGAUUAUCUUCAUUCUAGUUGA